AUGUCGCUGUCAACCGGGAACGCGUCCCUGUUUCACUUCUUCGGUGGUCUUGACCUUGAGGACCCUCCUCUGAAGGAAGAUGUGGUCUUCAAGACCUACAUGCCACUGAUCCGCGAGCUUGAGUCCGCAUGGCAGUCCAAAAGCAGUUACCCGCAGACUUGGAAUCUUGACGAGGCUUUCAAAGAAUUCGAGCAAGAAGAAGUCGAUGCUUGGGCGAGACUGGGAGUGGACCGAUCCGCUGAAUUUCUCGUUCUUCCAAGUGGAUCACUAGGUUCAGACCUUGCUUGUCAGUUGUUAAACCCGACCUUCUUUGUCCCCGAUCCGUACCUCCAGGUAAUGGACAACCCGGCUAGCCCCACGAUUCACCUGAUGCACCAAUGUGGGUUUUCUUCUGUGAAUUCUCUCGUGUUUGACUGUAUCUUUCGCCGCGAUACCUCGCAAAACCUUCUUGACUUCUGGACAGAAGAGGUCCGGAAGCCCCAUGAAGACUUUGUCAAGGUACUGCGCGACAACAUGGCGGCUGUUAUCGAGCUUUGCUGGGGAGUCGAGGUCUGGAGAGUCAUGGAAAGAAAUUACCGGUUGGUUCGCUUCCCCCUGUGGGGUCGUUAUGACAAGGUGCAGCUGUACCUUGAGAUGAACGAUAACAAGGUCAAACGCCUCGUCAUAAAGCUGCGGCAUCCACAGUUCUUCUGUCACAGACCUUGGGUUGCAAAGAACUGGACGGUUGAACAAGAUCGCUCUCUAGAAGUUGCAGCCAAGAUCGUCAGCCAGUACGAUCACUCGGCGAGAGUGCGCCAGCUGAUCGAAAGCUGGACCUUGAUCUUGAAAAACGCUCAAGAGGCGACCUCGGCCAAUUCCUCGGCCGAGAGUGAUGGCGUGGAGUGGCUGGACGAAACCACAUCCGCUGAAUGGGACGAGCCCGCUCCGGAAGUGAUGACCUGGCUUCAAGCCCAAGGUGGCUUAAAGAUAGCCAGAUCACCCAUCAAAGAUCGAGAUGGCUUGGAGAAGGCCUUUCGGCUUCUGCAUGGGUGGGAAGAAAAUCUCCCUUUUGGUUCCUAUGACUAUUGCGCCCUAGGAGACUUGGCCCUGGCAGUUGGAGCGCUAUAUGUUCAUCGAGUUUGCGGUCUUAGAAGCUCUGAGGAGGUCAAGGUCGGUCAUGUUUACAGUCAGAGGCGCUCUGGCGCUGUCGAUGCCCUGAUACAACCCGGUCUAUGCGGCCAGAUAAUGGAGCGCAAAUACUCUGUCUGUCACUCUGUUGUCCUUGAUGAUGCCUUCCCGCAAUUUGCUCGGAAGUCUCCUAAACAUUAUGUCGUCAGAACACUUGAGGGUCGAGGCUGUGGCCUUCCGCACUGCCGAGGAAGGGUUCAGCUUGCCCCGUUGGACGAUACCCAGCCCAGUAUAAGGGCCGUGAAGAAAGACUUAGAGAACCCUCCAGACUUCCGAGGCAGAAAGCCUCGCAAUGAGGUAUUCUACCGUUCUGGAGCGGAAGAGCUCGAGGGUCUUGCUCCCAUUGUCAAGGUCAAGUGCAAAGGAUGCGGACACAUCCAAGAGGAUACAACUCCUCGUUUCACCAGGGGUAAACCUGCCCGAUAUUGUAUCCCUCGCAGAACAUGCCAAAAGCCAGAUGGCUGUGGCAAAAAGGACCAAUAUCUCAAUCCUGUGGACAAGAUUCCCCAUAUUGGUCAGUCGAACUUGACCGAUAUGUGUACAAACUUCGAGAAUGAAGGAAUUGACGUGAGAAAACUUUUGGUGAGAAUUCCUUCCGCCUAUGAAGUGGUUUUUGAGUUGCAUCGACCCAUUUAUGAGCGUGCGAAAGACUUGAAAAGGCUUCUUGAAGACUUCGAAAACUCCGUUUGA